GACUCGCGGGUCGUCAAUUGAUGGUCCCCAUUAAUUACGGCGCUCGCGGCGACCAGUGCUUUAUGCCAAUUUUUUGCAGGCAGAUAAAAUAUGAACACAGGCCUUCCGGACAGGUGCUUAUCAUAUCAAAAGGCACGCCCCCACAGUGACGAAUCUCCCUUGAAGGUAUUGCUUCUACAAAGCAAAUGGUAGGGUUACGCAUAAAGCGAGCUAGCGAAUGUAAGACACUAGCAAUCUCGACAGCAGCCAAAGCGCGCGCCGUGUCGAGCGCAUAGGUGCGAUAGGAGCAUUUGGACCGCAGCAGCGGUGCCAAAUAAUAUUAGCGACGACCGCUGCAGCGCUACAGCAUUUCUAGGGAGCCGCUCUGCGGCACACACAGACGCCCGCGACGCCAGCCGACGCGCGCAUCAAUCAAUAGCAGCAAUGCGCGUCGCCUGGACCGGCUUCGGCCAGUUCCAGGGCGUCGAGGCGAACCCGUCGGCCGUGCUCGCGCAGCGCCUCGCGGCGCAGCACGCCGACGAUUCCGUCGAGAUCUUGGAAGUGUCGGCCGCCGCCGCGAAGGCGUGGCGCUGCCCCGACGCCGGGCUCGUGGUUCAUCUGGGCGUCGCGAUCACCUACGACGCCAUCACGUUGGAACGCUGCGCGUAUAAUGAUGCCUCGUUCCGCGUGCCGGACCAGAACGCCUUCCAGCCGUCCAAGGCGUCCAUCGACGAGGCCGAGCGCUUCGGUGCAACCAGGACGUCGAGCAUCGACCUCGCCGCAGUUGCUCAGAAAGCGGGCGUGAACGUGUCGGACGACGCUGGACGAUUUGUAGCAAUGCGGUGUCCGGUAGUACGCCGUCGCGGCGAUGGCGUCGCAGCGGGAGUAAUUAUCAGCACGCUGUCACGGCGCAUCGACCGAAGGACGCCUCGCGAAGACGCGCCGCGCGCAGGUGUGCAACUACCUCUACUUCUGCUCCCUCGCCACCGGCGUGCCUUGCGUGUUCGUCCACGUGCCUCCCGUCGAACGCCUGCCGCUCGAGGCGCAGGUGGAGACGCUGGCGCGGUUGAGGGGUUACCUGGUCGAGGCGGUCGGUAGUAACGCCGUCGACGUCCUGGCCGACGUCGCGGCGGCGGCAAACGGCGCCGGCGUGCUGGACCAGCUCGUUUCCUUAGGUAUUGAUCAGGAACGGGCGGCCUUCGCGGUGGCAGCGGGCUGCACGAGCGUCGAGGCGGCGAUGGAGAUGCUGUUCGCCGAGCAGCCGCCAGCGCCGCCGCCGUCGCAUGCGAUGAAGAUGGUUUUGGUCGUCCGGGAGGACCUGGGCAUGAGCCGCGGCAAGGUCGCGGCGCAGUGCGCGCACGCGGCGCUCGGCGGGGCGCGGCGCGCCGACGCGACCGUCAUCGAGCGGUGGGCCGGCGCGGGCGAGACGAUGAUCGUCGUCGCCGCGCCGCACGAGGGGCUUGCCGCGCUCCGCGACGCCGCGUCGACCGCGGGCCUCCCGCACUGCCUCGUCGCCGACGCGGGGCGGACCGAGGUCGCACCGGGCACGGAGACCGUGUUGGCCGUGGGGCCGGGCGAGGUCUCGCGCGUGGAUGCGAUCACGGGGCGGUUGCGGUUGCUGCGGUAGUAGUCUUUGUUGUUACUUUUUACU